AUGCAUAAAUCCCUUAGUCUUUUACUUUUGUUAAUGCCGUCAAUGAUCGUUUCAUUUGUACCCAAUUCAGACUGUUUAAUACACGCCUCUCAUGCAAUGUCAACUCAUGAACAAGCUUUGAUAUUUAAUCGGAAAGUUAAAAAAGAAGCAACAAUAAUACUUGAAAUGGCACGUUCAGCGCUUGAAGAUUUAAGAUCAAAUGCACCGUCUUCAGAUGCACCGUGUGAACCGACUGCUACUUGUCAAUGGGUGCUUAUGUACGGUCCUAUUCUGGAUAUGAAUUAUACAAGUAUUAAUAACACAUGCUGUGCAUGGUCUCCACCUGCGAAUUAUACAACAGUUAUGUCAACAAAAUGGAAAGAUUUGAAUACUGCACAAAAUGUUUUAGUUAAUACCGACGACAAUAACUUGAAUAGCCUCAGUACAGGUAUAUUAGAAACGGUCAGACUAUAUCCAGAUUUACUUGCUUAUCCAUUUGUUGCUAACGCAAGUGAUGCUCUUAUACACAACCGUCAAAUUCGUUGUGAAGCUAUACAGUUAGUAAAACUAUCACGGCAAGUUUGUAGUAACUUUCAGAGGCUAUAUUCCGAACAUAUGUUUGACUACAAUAUGAGUUUAAUUGAUGAACAACAAAAUGUGAUUGAUGUAGCUAACGGAAAGAUGAUGUUUACUCGUGUUAGCCGUUUGAUAAAUACCGAAAAUCAGUACACGGGAACCCGCAUUUCGCAACUCAUAAGCGAUACACAGAUGGCUCUUUUCAGUUUAAUUAUUGUUCGUUAUGAUGAUGUUAAUAGUAUAGCUGAUGGUAUUAAUAGAGCUAUGUGGUGGUUCUCUAAUUUACAUGAUCUGCCUACCAUUAUAUAA